GCAGUAGUCACUUUCAAUACUGGUGAAUCUAUUCACACAGUAUAAAGAUUAGACAAGUAGACUUGAUCUCGCUGCAGUAUUGCAGCCUGCGCUCAUCUCUCAUCACCUGAACAUUACCACUACUAAAACAAACUCAUUCCGGUCCCAUUCAUUCCACAUGCUCAGACACUUGCCAUUCCGACCCGAACCAAACCAUCAAAAAAUGACCACCCACACAAAUGCCCGCGUCGGUGUGGCCGUCUUCAUCUUCAACGGUCACAACGAAUUUAUUAUCGGUCAGAGAAAAGGCAGUCACGGUGCUGGAACCUGGGCCCUUCCAGGCGGACAUCUCGAACUCAACGAGUCAUUCGAGACAUGUACAGAGCGGGAAAUCCUCGAAGAGACAGAUCUCAAGGUUCAAGACAUUCGUUUCUUGACUGUCACUAACGAUAUCAUGAAAGAUGAGGGAAAGCACUACAUUACUGUGGUGAUGGGGUGUAAGCUUUGUGAUGUUGAUGCGCAGCCUGAGCUCAUGGAACCGGACAAAUGCAGCGGCUGGGAAUGGACAACCUGGGAACAGCUACGAAUGGAUUAUUAUGCUGGAAAGGGUCGUCCUUGGGUUGAGAGGAACUCUCGGAAGUUAACCCCAGCAGCUGCCUACGAUGAGGCUGUCUUUUCUGAAAAGGGAGAGAUUAUUCCUGAGGGUGAUUCGAUGGAGGUGGAUGUAAGUACCGAGAAUACUAAUCCUCCCACUCGACAGCUCUUUCUUCCUCUGGUGAAUCUGUUUGAGCAGCGGGGUGGCUUUGAUCCUGUUGUGGAUUAUUGGAUUGCAGAUUAGGGAAUUGGGUGUGGUUCUGUCUCCCUCUUUUUGGAUGUUGAGGGGUGGUGAUGUCUAGUGAUGUGCUGGUGCACGGUUUAUUGCGACAGGAAUAAAAGAAAUUGUGC